AACUGUAAUCUAGUAAUCCAAUUGGGUAGUUAAACUGUUUGAAUCACAAUGAAUUCUAGACUUAACAGUUUCAACCCUCUAUGGUUAAGGGACCCUGAAUUCAGACGCUGGAUUGAAAGGGUACCCAACAAUCCCCAUAAAGCUCAUUGUUUGUUAUGUGAAAGAGACUUCAUAAUUGGAGACCAAGGUCAUCAUGCUCUUAAAGCGCAUGCAGCCACUCAUAGGCACAAAAUGCGCACUCAGAUGGUUUCAAGUUUAAAACAUGACCGUCGCUCAUCUGACAGAUUCCCCAGUUCCCCGGGAAGCUCAUCAUCACAUGGAGACACCUUUGAUAGUAAGCAGGUUUCCCCAUUGAGUAGAUAUGAGCGGGAUGACCAGUUGAUACCACUACUUGAUAAUGGGUGGAAUAUGGUGGAAGGACGAGAUGCCAUCAAUAAGACUUUCCUGUUCCAGAGUUUUAAUGAGGCGUGGAGUUGGAUGAGUCGAGUAGCGCUAGCAGGGGAAAGGAUGGGACACCAUCCUGAAUGGUUUAAUGUAUAUAACACUGUACAGGUCACAUGGAUAACUCCUGAUUGUAAUGGUAUAACUGUGAGGGAUGUCAAAAUGGCACAUUUUUGUGAUAGCACAUACAAAUAUUAUAAAUGAAUAGGAGUUUUAAAAAAGGUUCCAGACACGACUAUUAGUAGGUUUAAGACUGAAAUUUAGUUCAGUUCUAUUUUAUAGCAACAAAGAGUUGUGUUUAAUACUUUAAUUGGAUUUUGUAUUGUCUAUGACAGAAAGGACAUACAAUAUACUGUAUAUUUAUGGUCAGUAAAUCAGAUAUUUGGGUAAAAACAUGGCUAAGUCAGUGUUGUAUGGCCAAGCUUGAUAAAAGUGAUAUACAGUAUAUGGUCUGCCUGAUACUGUACUGUAUUAUGAACAAUUUUUAUAAUAUGCACUGAGUAUUUUUUAAUUACUAGCUCAGACAGUGGAAAGAAACAAGUCCUAAUUUUUUUAUACUUUCCCAAGAAAGGAGAACACAUUGGAUACCUAAACAAUUGUACCCACUGAGGUACAGAUAGCUGUAAAUGACAUAUGCAGUACUCUUUAUUUUCUGACAGGUUUAUUGUAACAACUUUGCCAUAUUUUGAAUGUUUUGUAAUAAAAAUAUGAAAAACCU